AUGAGAAACGUUCCCCCCGUAGCCCGUGGCCGACCAAAAGCUCCUAAGGAUAAUGCCACAUUGAGGCAAGGAGGUAUCUACUCCUCGAGGGAUAAGGCCCUCAAGGCUGUGCAGGCCCACGCGUUGCAUCAUCGUUUUGGAUUCACGACUGUGGAAGUGGCGGGCGCGCACGUUAUUCUCCAAUGCAAAACCGCCAUGUAUGGACAAAAGCCAACAUGCCCCUGGGAGUGUAGUUACAGCAGGAUUGUUCAUGGCGGCUUCUGGAUGGUGACAUCGCUCUCCCCUCCUGAAUCACACGUCUGCAAGAAGUACAAGCGAGAGCAAGGAGCAAACGCCAUCGCCAAUAGUGUGAAGGUCAUGAAGCGGCUUUGGGGCAACCUUGUUCGUGGCGCACCGUUUAUUUCGGCGAAGAUUUUGCAGCAGAUUCUCACGUCCCACAGCAAGUUCCAGAUCAGUUACAAGCAGGCAUGGCGGCUGCGUGAAGAAAUCCAGAAGGAGAUGUACGGGGAUUGGCAAGAGUCGUUCAGGUUGCUCCCCGCGUUGGCUGAUAGGUUCCGGGAGAUAGACCCGGAUGGAAACUUCUUGAUUCAGACGGUCGACGGUUGUUUCAACCGCAUGUACAUACAGCCGUCCGCUUCUCGCGGUGCGCUUGGUUUUUGCUGCCCCGUUGUUGCAUUAGACGGAACGUUCCUCAUCAGUGCACAGCGCGCAACCCUUCUGAUUGCCGUGGUACAGGACGGCAACCAGAAGAUUACAAUGCUGGCAUGGGCUUUGGUCGAAGGAGAGAACAAGGAUUCGUGGAGUUGGUUUCUGCAGAACUUUUUGAAGAGCUUCCCGGAGUGGCCGCACCGUGGCGACGCAUCCAUCAUCAGCGACCGCGACAAGGGUUUGCUUCCGGCUGCACGAGAUGUUCUCCCGCUUGGCAUACCCCAUUACUUCUGUGCAUGGCAUCUUCACCAGAAUGUUGUCAAGUUUGGAGAAGCCGCUGCUCUGUUCUAUUGGCGUCUUGUGAAGUGCAGGCUUGACGACAAAUGGGACGCUUUGGUGGCGGCCUGUCGGCGUGACUUUGCACCAAUGGAUAAUUAUCUCCUUGGCAUUCUGAAGCCGAUCUCGGACACCUCACCUGCAGAUGCAAGUGAGCAGCAACGUCCAGCUCCCACAACAGCAGCUGAGGCACGUCAACAAGCAGCCGAGAAUCGUCACCAGGGUCGUGAUGCAGCACGUGCCGCCAUGGGUCGCGGCACUACUUCACGUGCGCAUGGGCGUGGUGCGGAAGACGCCAGCGCGGCGGGAGCCACACCGACCGAACCAGAGCCAUCGACUGAAAGCACUGCUGACCCUAUGGCUCAGCCGGCCGAGUCCCUUGCCACCAACUCGCCGCCAGCUCGUCCGUCUGGAUCGACGCCUGCAUCUGCACAACCUUUCGAUUAUGCACGCAUCCUGAGACGUGUAAGGACAGGUUACAUCCCCAGCUCCAUCCGUACGGACCUGCCACGUGCAACUGGAUCGAACGGAAACCCGGCUGAGGAUGCAGAGGAACCCAACGGGGGAAGCAUCUGCCAGGCAUUGGUCCUGGUCUCUUUGGAUCACCCGUGGCCAGAUGUCGGCAGUGCCAACCCCGGGGUUAACACAGCGGCCGAUGCUGAAGAGGACGAUGAGGAGGAUGCAUCUGCAGAGGAGGCAGAUGCAGAGGAGGCAGAUGCAGAAGAUGCGGAAGCACCUGCCACAGCAGAGGGGGUGCAGGCAGAGGCUGGCGUGGACGACGAUGACAACACUCCAGACUCCGGUGUCGCGGAUGGGGACCACACCACACACGUGCGGACCGGGUUUAGGCAGAACAAGCGUGGUACAAGGAAGAAGUUGGGCAUCAACCUUGUCCACUGGACUCGCCUUAAGGCCCCCACUCGACGCUUCGGGAUCUUCACCAGCAACGCGGCUGAGCAGGUCAACAGCUCCAUCGUGCCCAUUCGGCGCUUGCCGGUGACCCCGAUGCUAGGGGGUCUCAUGGACUGGUAUCGCAAUAGGUAUUGUGAACGUAAGAUGGCGGCGCUCGAGCGAACUGAUCUCCUGACAGAGGCAGCCGAGGAACAGAUGGUGGAGAAGGAGACACGGGCGGAGGGGUACGAGCUGUUGGGCGGGGACCAUGAAGAAGGAACCAUCCAGACCAGGGACACCGAUGAUCCCAAAGAAUGGAGGUCCUUCAAUGUCAACUUGGCGGCGAAGACAUGCGACUGCACAAACUGGGACCAAUACCAGUUUCCGUGCUCCCAUGCUGUGGCCUUUGCUGUGAAGCGGAAGCUAGACCCCCGCACUCUCGCGUGUGUGAUGCUCCGCCCUUUCGCCGCACCGCUGCCGGCCGCCCCCCGAGCUACGCUCGCGUAA